AUGGCCAAGCAAUUCGGGGCUAUCCAGGUGGGCACCUAUUUGGAGAUCAAGAGGAGCGACGGGCGGAUCCACCCGGCCCUGGUCACGGCCCUGCACGAGGACGCCAGCAGCGUGACCGUGGAAUGGAUCGAGAAGGGCACGAACAAGGGCAAGAAGGUGGAGCUGAGCCUCGCCUUCUCGCUCAAUCCUCACCUGGCGCCGAUGGGGCUCAGCCCGGAGACGCUCUUGGCGCCGACGCCGUCUGAUCAGGGGGAUCACUCCACGCCACCCCCCAACUAUGUGGUGACCCCCAUCACGAAGGAGAAGCCAGGGGGGGACAGCGCCGAGCCACAGAUCAAGAGGCCUCCGUCGGUGGGGACAGCGGGGAGGGGCAGCACCGGCCCGGCGCGCAAAUCGCCCUGCGUGCUGGAGGUGGAGCGGCUGCGCGAGCGGCGGGAGAAGCGCCGCCUCGAGCUGCUGGAGCGGAGAGCGCGGCGCGAGGCCAGCGACGCGCACCCGCACGCGGACGCGAUCGCCAUGAUCGAGCAGUGCCGCGAGGCUCUGCAGCGGGGCGGCUCCGCCCUGCUGGCCCAGACCUGCCCCCUGGAGCCCAGCCGCGGCGGCGUGCGCAAGAUCUGCGUGUGCGUCCGCAAAAGGCCGCUCAACCAGCGCGAGGCGGAGCUCAAGGACUUCGACGUGGUCACCAUCCCUUGUUCGGGCGUGGUGGUGGUGCACGAAGCCAAGCAGAAGCUGGACCUGACGCGCUACCUGGAGAACCAGACCUUCCGCUUCGACCACGCCUUCGACGCCAACGCCACCAACGAGAGUGUCUACAAGCACACGGCCCAGCCUCUGGUGGAGACCGUCUUCCGCGGAGGCAUGGCCACGUGUUUUGCUUACGGGCAAACCGGCAGCGGCAAGACGCACACAAUGGGGGGCGAUUUUUCUGGCAAGAAGCAGGACUCCUUCAAGGGCAUCUAUGCUAUGGCUGCCCGGGAUAUCUUUUGCUUGCUGCAGGAUCCAACCUACAAAGUGCUGGAGCUCCAGGUCUAUGGGGCUUUUUUUGAGAUCUACUGGGGAAAGGUCUAUGACCUGCUAAACUGGAAGACCCGGCUACGCGUGCUGGAGGAUAGCAAUCAGCAGGUUCAGGUGGUCGGGCUGCUGGAGCAGGAGGUUAUCUGUGUGGAAGAUGUCAUGAAGCUCAUUGAAAUUGGCAAUCGGUGCCGAACAUCAGGGCAGACCUCGGCCAACUCCCAUUCCUCACGCAGCCAUGCCGUCUUCCAGAUCAUUCUUAAGAGAAGAGGCAGGCUGCACGGCAAGUUUUCCUUGAUCGAUCUGGCUGGCAAUGAGCGGGGAGCUGACACCUCCAGCGCAGACAGGCAGACCAGGCUGGAGGGGGCGGAGAUCAACAAGAGCCUCCUUGCACUGAAGGAAUGCAUCCGGGCCUUAGGACGCCAGAAGGGCCAUACACCCUUCCGAGCCAGUAAGCUUACUCAGGUACUGAGGGAUUCUUUCAUAGGAGAAAACUCCUGCACCUGCAUGAUUGCCACCAUCUCCCCAGGAAUGAGGUCAUGUGAGCACACCCUCAACACACUGAGGUAUGCCAAUCGAGUGAAAGAGCUGGCAGUGGACCCCAUGGCCUUCAAACAGUUCCAGCCAGUCUUGCCCAGAUCUGUCUUCCAGUGGGAUGAGUUAACCAGGCCAUGGACCAUUCAAAGCUUGCCUGAGACCGAUGAGUUCAAAGUGCUGUGUGUACAGAAAGAGGAUCAACUCUCCCCACCAGUUCUCGCAUGCAUAGCCAGAGGGAAAGGUCAGAAAAAGAGGAAAGAGAUGGAUGAAAAGGCUCUGGUAGAAGAGCACCAAGAGUCUCUUAGAUGGUUGAAGGCUUUCCUGAAAAUGGCCGAUGAGGUUGACUACGACAUGGAGUUUUAUGCCUCACAGUUUGAAGCUGUCCUGGCCCAAAAGAUUGCCAUUCUGUCAGAGAUCCAGGGUAAAGUGAAAUCUUUCCGUUCAGCCCUCUGUAAGGAAGAUUUGGGCAGCAGUCCCAUAAUGGUGAAGAGAUCACGGAUUCUGUGA